UUGUCUCCGACCCUUUGAAGCAAACCCACAAGAAACAAACUCACAAGCCAGAAACCACAUUCUCUUUAGAUGGCAGCCAGAGCUCUCCUCGUCAUCGCCCUGAUCUUAGCAGUGUUUGGAACAGCGCUCAGUGCUAGCUACACCGUCGGAGCGCCAAGAGGGUCGUGGGAUACCCAGACGAACUAUGUCCAGUGGACUUCCAACCUAAAGUUCCGCGCCGGCGACCAGAUGCUGUUCAGGUACUCCAGAGCGGCACACAACGUGGUGGAGGUGAGCAAGGCGGACUACGACGCGUGCUCCGCUUCCAGCCCCAUCGCUUCCUUCCAGACCAGCAACGACAUCGUCCCGCUCACCGCCGCCGGCAGCAGGUACUUCAUCUGCGGCGUUCCAGGGCACUGCGAUGCUGGCAUGAAGGUCCGUAUCGACGUUGAGGAAGCAACACCCGGUGGUGCCCUGUCGCCUGUGAGCCCUCGUGCAGGUUCAGCUGCACCGGCUGUGGCGCCCAUGCCGAGUGUAGAGAUCACGCCCUCGACUAGCGGCCAGGCAAUGCCUCCGUCGAGCUCAGCGGUGUCAGUUGGGACUGGAUCGGUGGGGCUAUAUUUGGGAGCUGCCUUCACGGCCAGUCUCAUGGUUUUCUACUAGAAAUUAAUGAGUGAAUUUCUAUGCUUUUCUCACCGUGUAGCCGUGUAGGUGGUCACAUGUACACUUGGAUUCAAAGCAUUUCUGUUAUAUACCUUGAUUCUUUAUG